AUACCCGGUCGAUCCAGGAAUCUACGGGAAAAAUCGAGAUUUCCCCCGAAUCUAGGGGAAAUACCCCUUCGUCUAGGGGAAUAUUCGCCAAUUUCUCGGGAAAAACAGACGAUCCUAUAGGGAAACCGACCGCAUUUAGGGGGGAACUGGAUCAAUUUAGGGGAGAAAUCCGAUCCCUUGGCCCGGAAGAAGGGAAUAAACCCGCAAGCACCGAUGCAAAAGGACUUAAAAUCCUUCUCCUCAGUUCUGUGGGGAGAAGCGGCUCCUCCAUGUUCGGGGAACUUUUGGCUCAGAUGCCCAACACUCUUUAUUUCUUCGAGCCGCUUAUGUUCUACCAGAAAUACACAUCGGAGGGCGUGACCCCGACGACGAGUCUCUCCAUCGUGCGCAAGAUCUACAGCUGCGCCUGGAGCCCCGUGGACGCCAGAUGGGCUUCCUUCAACGGCGGCAGAAACCUCGCCAGACAAAAUGGCCGCAGACCCGUGUGUCGGUUCGGGAACGGCACGAGAAUGCUCAGCUGCUUGAAAAAGACGUGCUUGGAGAACACCAAUAUUGUUGUCAAG